UCUGCGCAUGGCCAACAACACAUGCGGCUCAGUGGAAUAUGCUGUUGAAUGUUGUGUACUUGUAAGCUGCUUACUUUUUAAGAAUUUAUUUAGAUAAUUACAUUUCCCUUUACUUAUUUAAAGCGUCUCUCAUCGUUCAUCAAUGGGAGGUAUUCAGAAGAAAAAGUUUGAGAGGGGUGCCGCAACCAACUACAUCACCAGAAACAGAGCUCGUAAGAAGUUACAGCUGAGCCUCGCAGACUUCAGACGGUUAUGCAUCCUCAAAGGCAUCUAUCCCCAUGAGCCAAAACACAAGAAGAAGGUCAACAAGGGCUCCACUGCCCCAAGGACCUUUUACCUGCUCAAAGACAUUCGCUUUCUGUUGCAUGAACCAAUUGUUGGCAAGUUCAGGGAGUACAAGAUAUUUGUCCGUAAGCUAAAGAAGGCUUAUGGAAAAACCGAGUGGUCUGCAGUGGAAAGACUGAGAGAGAACAAGCCAACAUAUAAACUAGAUCACAUCAUCAAAGAGAGGUACCCUUCCUUCAUUGAUGCCCUCCGUGAUAUCGAUGAUGCCCUGUGUAUGGGCUUCCUCUUCUCCACGUUUGCCAGAACAGGAAAAUGCCACGUGCAGACAAUCAAACUGUGCAGACGCCUCACUGUGGAGUGGAUGAACUUUGUGAUUACAGCUCGUGCUCUACGAAAGGUUUUCAUCUCCAUCAAGGGAAUAUAUUAUCAAGCUGAAGUGAUGGGACAGCUCAUUACAUGGCUGGUCCCAUAUCAGUUCUCCCAUGAUCAUCCAACAGAUGUGGACUACAGAGUAAUGGCAACUUUCACAGAGUUGUACACAACUCUUCUGGGGUUUGUCAACUUCAGACUCUACCAUUCUCUCAACUUGGUCUACCCACCAAAGCUUGACAGUAAAGCAGAAUCAGAGCUGAAGGAAGAUAACGAGGAGGACUAUGCCAUGAAUUCAGAGAGCUACUCAGAGAAACUAGCAGCUCUGAGUGCCAGUCUUGCACGUGUGGUAUCUACAGAAGAGGAGGAAGCUCAGCUUGACCAGUUUCCUGCUGAAGGCGAGGACAUGGAGAAGAUGGAAGCCAGGGAAACGGAACACAAACAGCUGGAAGCCCAGAAGAAAGUGUUUGAGGGGCUCAAGUUUUUCCUCAACAGAGAAGUGCCCAGAGAGUCGCUGGCCUUUGUCAUCCGGUGUUUUGGUGGGAUGGUGUCCUGGGACAAGUCUGUUUGCAUUGGGAGCACAUACGAUGUAACAGAUGAAACUAUCACUCAUCAAAUUGUUGACAGACCCAAUGUUGACAAACAGUACAUCAACAGGUACUAUAUCCAGCCCCAGUGGGUGUAUGAUUGUGUCAAUGCCAAAAUGCUGCUGCCAGUGGAGGACUAUUUCCUCGGAGUGACUCUGCCCCCUCACCUGUCUCCAUUUGUUGAGGAGAAGGAUGGAGAUUAUGUGCCUCCAGAUAGACUGAAGAUAAUGGCCUUACAGAAAGGAGAAAAACCUGCUCAAGACCAGGAGGAAAAUGAAGAUGAAGAGGAGGAGGAGGAGGAGGAGGAAGAUGAGGAGGAGAAUGAUGAUGAGGAAGACGAGGAGGAAGAAGCAGAAGAGGAGACCCUUAAGAAGAUGGAAGAACAAAGAUCCCAGGGCAAGUCUUUGCAAGUCAAAGUAACACCUGGAAAAGUGAAGGCAGAAAAUCAAGCACGCUUGGAGCAGGAGGAGAAGGCGGAGGAGAAACGUCUUGCCAUCAUGAUGAUGAAGAAGAAAGAAAAGUACCUCUACGACAAAAUCAUGUUCGGAAAGAAAAGAAAAACCAGAGAGGCUAACAAACUUGCUGCCAAGAGGAAAGCCUACGAUGAUGCUGAAAAAGCAAAGAAGAAAAUGGCCAGAAAAUAACUCUUCUCACGAUGACCCCCUCACACUGACUUUAUGUAUACAACCUAAUGAGAUAGAGUACGUUAUAGGUUGACGUCAUGAAGCCUGUAAGUUUUGUGAGUUUGAGGUAAAUGCACCAUAAUUAUAGUGUAUUGACCUGCAAAAUUUCAUACAGAAAUGCAGAAUGCUUGCAUCUGCUAAUUGUAUAAUUAUUGAUGUAAAAGCGAUUGCCUUCAACUUGUUCAUAUUAUUUCUUGUAUUCUAUAUUGUCUGAGACGUCUUCCACUUCAUUUUACUGUCUACUUUAAAUGAGUUGUAUUUUAAAGUAAAACCGUCUCACUUGCAUCCUCA